GUUUAUUUACCAAUUCAUUUGUUAAGAAAAAAAUGUGUGAUUAGCCUUGUAAAAGAAUGAAUUAUGAGAAUGUAAGAGGCUGUCAAUGAUCGUCAGCUUUCCUUCGACAAGGGAAAUGAGUGCGAGAAUAGGAACAUACGGCCUAGCGCAUUGCAUGAUGGGAUAACGAUAACUUCUCGUAGAGUGCGUGGCGAACGCGGCUGUAGGAAGGAGAAGGAGUGAGUGAGAAAGAGAGAAAGAACGAGAAGACGAGAACAAGUCGACUGGCACAAAAUGGCGGCCAAGCUCGCGCUCGUGAGCAUAUAGUGCGCGAAAAUUGGAGAAAUAUCGCGGUAUGUCACGAAGCCGCGUAGCCGUGAAUCUUUGAACAUUACGUGUUAUAGUGUAUUGAUUAUUUAUCUUGCUAGUAUAAUAAAAAUUUUCUUUUUACGAACGUACGCCGCACAUUGGAUCUACAACUUUGUGACGCGUACACGGGGGUAUGAUGCAGAAGACAGACACUGAAUCUGGUAAGGAAUCUGUAUCAGGUUCUGAAAAUGAGAGUAAAAGUGACAGUAGUACAUCUGAAAGUAAUUCAGGAUCUGGUUCUGGAUCAGAAAGUAGUGAUUCUAGCUCAUCUGGUUCUGGUUCAGCCUCUGCUUCUGAUUCUGAAAAGUCUGAUAAGUCAGAUGCGCCUUUACAAAGCGAUAGCAUUCAUAGUAAAAGUUCUAAUCAUAGUACAGAAACAAAAAUUAGAAAUAAAAGCGAUUCUAGUCGCGAAUGGGAUGAAAACCCUGAUAUAUAUGGCAUCAGAAGAUCAGCUCGUUCCAGAAAAGAACCAGACAGACUUACAACUCAACCGGAUAGUGACAAUGACAGUCGUAAGAAACUCAAAAAAAAAAGUAACUCACGGAACACAUGGAAUUCUGAAAGUUCAGAAUCAGAAUCUGAAGAUACAGAAACAAAAAGACCACCCCCUAGUAAAUCAAUUAAUCGGCGAGCGGCACAAAAGGCCAAAGAAAAGGCCAAAACAAGAAAAAAACAUAUUUCUGAAUCUUCUGAUAAUUCUUCAUACGAUAGUGAUGAAAGAAGACAAGUAACUAGGAGAACAGGUGCACAAGUAAGUUAUAAAGAGGAAAGUGAAGCUGGAACUGAUAGUGAAGAUCUUAUGGAAGUAGAUGAAACAACUUUAGAGCCUACAGAACCUGAUAAUGCAGAAACUAUAGAAAGAAUUCUUGGUCAACGAAUUGGAAAAAAAGGAGUUGUAGGGAAUGUGACAACUGUUUAUGCGGUAGAAGAAAAUGGAGAUCAAAAUCCUGAAAACUUAGUGGGUGAAGAAACUGAAAUUCAGUAUUUGAUAAAAUGGAAGAGUUGGUCAUAUAUACACAAUACAUGGGAAUCAAAAGAUUCUUUAACAACUCAAAAGGUAAAAGGAAUAAAAAAAUUAGAAAACUUCAUCAAACGAGAACAAGAUAUUAAACAAUGGAAAAAAUAUGCAGGUCCUGAAGAUAUAGAUUAUUUUGAAUGUCAAUUAGAAUUACAACAAGAUCUUUUAAAAAGCUACUAUAAUGUUGAACGAAUUAUUGCUGAAGCUGAUAAACCUGACUCAGAUCAUCCAGACUAUUAUUGUAAAUGGGAAAGUUUACCUUAUUCAGAAGCUACUUGGGAAGAUGGUGCUCUAAUAAUUAAAAAAUGGCCGGAAAAAAUUCAAGAAUUCCGCGAUCGCGAAGAUUCUAAAAGAACACCUAGUAAACAUUGUAAGGUCUUAAAAUAUAGACCUAAAUUUCACCAAUUGAAAGAGCAACCCAAUUACAUGGGUAAAGACGAAAAUUGUAUUCUAAGAGAUUAUCAAAUGGAUGGAUUAAAUUGGAUGAUUCAUUCAUGGUGUAAAGAAAAUAGUGUAAUAUUAGCUGAUGAAAUGGGUCUUGGUAAAACUAUUCAAACUAUUUGUUUCCUUUACUACCUUUUUCAUUCUCAGCAACUUCAUGGUCCAUUUUUAUUAGUCGUUCCUUUAUCAACAAUGACAUCUUGGCAAAGAGAAAUGAUUCAAUGGGCUCCAGAUAUGAAUUUUGUUACUUACUUAGGAGAUGUUCAUUCUCGAAAUGUAAUUAGGGAAUAUGAGUGGUGUUACGAUUCAAAGAGACUCAAAUUUAAUGCAAUAUUGACGACAUAUGAGAUUGUUCUAAAGGACAAGGCUUUUUUAGGUGUUUUAAAUUGGGCUGUGCUUUUAGUUGAUGAAGCCCAUCGGUUAAAAAAUGACGAUUCAUUAUUGUAUAAAGCAUUAGCGGAAUUUCAUACAAAUCAUCGACUUCUCAUUACUGGAACUCCUUUACAAAAUAGUUUAAAAGAGUUAUGGGCUCUACUUCAUUUUAUCAUGCCACAUAAGUUUGAUUCAUGGGAAGACUUUGAAAAAGAACAUGAUAAUGCUGCUCAAAAAGGAUAUUCAAAAUUGCACAAACAACUGGAACCUUUUAUUUUAAGAAGGGUAAAAAAGGACGUUGAAAAAUCUUUACCAGCUAAAGUAGAACAAAUAUUACGUGUCGAAAUGACUUCUUUACAAAAACAAUAUUAUAAAUGGAUUUUAACAAAAAAUUUCAAUGCUUUGAGAAAAGGCAACAAGGGUUCAACAUCUACUUUCUUAAAUAUUGUAAUUGAAUUAAAGAAAUGUUGUAAUCAUGCUUUUUUAACAAAACCAAAUGAAAAUGAUAAAAAAGAUAAUAAUGAUGAUUACCUUCAACAACUAAUACGUGGCUCUGGCAAGCUAGUAUUGUUAGACAAACUAUUAAUUAGACUCAAAGAAACUGGUCAUCGCGUUCUAAUUUUUAGUCAAAUGGUCAGAAUGUUAGAUAUUCUUAGUGAGUAUCUUCAGAAGAGGCAUUUUCCUUUUCAACGUCUCGAUGGUAGUAUAAAAGGUGAAUUAAGAAAGCAAGCCCUUGAUCACUUUAAUGCAAGUGGUUCUCAAGACUUUUGUUUUUUAUUAUCCACUAGAGCGGGUGGGCUUGGUAUCAAUUUAGCUACUGCUGAUACAGUUAUCAUAUUUGAUUCUGAUUGGAAUCCUCAAAAUGAUCUACAAGCGCAAGCUAGAGCUCAUAGAAUUGGUCAAAAAAAUCAAGUCAAUAUUUAUAGACUAGUAACAAAAAGUUCCGUAGAAGAAGAAAUUGUUGAACGUGCCAAACAAAAAAUGGUACUUGAUCACUUAGUUAUUCAAAGGAUGGAUACUACUGGUCGAACAGUGCUAGAUAAAAAAGGUGCAAAUUCUAAUAGUAAUCCAUUUAAUAAAGAAGAUCUGAGUGCUAUUUUGAAAUUUGGUGCAGAAGAGUUGUUUAAAGAUGAAGAAGAUGGAGAUGAAGAACCUACAUGCGAUAUUGAUGAAAUCUUAAGGAGAGCUGAAACUAGAGACGAAGGACCCACUACAGUUGGAGAUGAAUUACUUUCAGCAUUCAAAGUAGCAAGUUUUGCAGCUUUUGAGGAGGAAUCUGAAAUUGUGUCCCAAGUGAAUGAAAAUGAUGAUGAAAGUAAAGAUUGGGCUGAAAUUAUUCCUGAAAACUUUAGAGCUAAAGUAGAAGAAGCUGAAAAAUCCAAGGAAAUGGAAGAUUUAUAUCUUCCACCUAGAAGUCGAAAAACUUUACAACAAAUCAAUGAAAGUGAAAAUAAAGGUAAAAGAAAAAAAAAGACCCAAUCAGGCGACGAAAGUGAUGAAGAUGAAGAUUCAGGAAGCGAUGAAGAUGGUAGCGAUGAUGGCAGACCUAAAAAACGAGGAAGACCACGAAUGUUACCUCGAGAAAAUGUUAAAAGCUUUACUGAUGUUGAGAUAAGACGAUUCAUAAAAAGUUUCAAAAAAUUUCCUGCACCGGAUAAAAGACUAGAUGAAAUCGCAGUAGAUGCAGAACUAAAUGAAAAGCCGAUGUCCGAACUUUCUUAUUUGGCGGAGCAACUACGCUCCCGCUGUGAAGCUUGUCUUGCUGAAUCUGAAAGUAUUUUUUCUAAAGAAAAUAAAACCGACGAUGAUGAGAGCAAAGGACCUGGCCGGAAACGUCGUCGAGGACCAACAUUUAAAUUAGGUGGUGUGAUGGUUAAUGCAAAAUCUUUCAGUGCUGCUAUUUCAGAACUUGAACCACUAGACCAAGCACUUCCUAUGGAUCUUGAACAAAGAAUCAACUGGAAUUUAGAUAUCAAAGUGAAAGCAGCAAACUUUGAUUGUGAAUGGACAAUCGAGGAUGAUACUAGAUUGUUAAAAGGAAUUUAUCAACAUGGAAUGGGCUCCUGGGAAGCAAUAAAAAUGGAUGAAAGUUUAAAAUUAGGCGAUAAAAUACUUCUUAAUGGCAGUAAAGCACAAAUUAAGCGUAUUCAAGCUCGUGGAGAAUAUCUUCUAAAAAUUUUGAAAAAACAAAUGGAUCAAAAACUUGGAGUUGCAAAACAAAGAAAACCUAGGAAAACAAAGGAUGUAAAAUCUGCUAUUACAAAAGAAAUAAUUGAAGAAAAUGAAAGUUCCGGCGAUGAGAAAAAAUGCAAACCAAAGAUUGAAAAGCAGCCAGUUAAGAAAGAAGAUGAAGUAGUCAUUGUUAAAAAAGAAGUUAAAGAAGAAAAUGAUAUAGUAAUAGAAGAUAAAAAAAAAGAAAAAAAAAUUAAAAAAGAUAAAAAAGAAGCCAAAAAGAAUAAAAAAGCCAAACAAUCUGGACCAAUGCAUUUCACUGCAAAUAAUGAACCAAGAGCACUUGACGUUUUAGGGGAUUUAGAUCCAUCUAUAUUUAAUGAGUGUAAAGAAAAAAUGCGACCUGUUAAAAAGGCGUUAAAAGCUUUAGAUAGGCCGGAUCAAUCACUUAGUGAAUCAGAACAAGUGGCACACACUCGUCAAUGCCUUGUACAAAUUGGCAACCAAAUAAAUACCUGUCUUUCUGAAUAUAAAGAUCCAGAACAAAUAAAAGAAUGGCGAAGUAAUUUGUGGUAUUUUGUAUCUAAAUUUACGGAAUUUGAUGCAAAAAAACUUUAUAAAUUAUAUAAACAUGCAACAAAGAAAGAAGGAGGUAGUGCAACAUCAAGUCCAGAGAAAAAAGACGAGACUAAUAUUACGAAGAAAUACGAUGAUAAGCAUAAUUCUAAAAAUUCAAAUGAAAGUGGAAAUAAGGAGGUUCGUGCACCAAAACGCCGAGUAGAAGAUUCCGAAGAGAAUUCAAAUAGCUUAUCAAUAAAAAAACAUAUGAUUUCUGCAUCUACGCUAGGUAAUAUCGGUACUUCCUCUUCUGUAACAAUCGGUGCUAUCACAAUAACACCGGUCACGGCUGGUCAAAACUUAACAUCAAAUACAAAUAGUAUUGACUCGGCUCAACGGCAUAACAAAGAGCAAAAAGAUAUUCCUAUCAGUAAACACAAAGAUUCCAAAAGAGACAGAGAUAGAGACAGAGAUAGAGAUAGAGAUCGAGACAGAGAUAGAGACAGAGAUAGAAGUCACGGCGAUAGAAAUAUGGAUAGAUUGAAUGUUAUGAAGGAUGAUAGAGUUAGACGAGACAGUGGUGGAUAUGUUGGUGGACAUUACAGUGGAGGAAGAGACGAAGAACAUUGGAUGUCUAGAGAUAGAGAUCCACGUGAUACUAGAUUUGGAGAUCACAAACGCGAUAGAUUUGAUCUAUAUAGCAGGAUGUCAGGUGGAUAUCAUCGAGACAGAGAUAGGGAGCGUGAUCGAAUCCAUAUGAAUGAAAAAAGAGGAGGAAAUGAUUAUUAUCGAUAUCCAAGUGGGCCAGCUGGAUAUGGUUAUGCUGGUCCAGGAAGCUAUAGUGGCAGUGGUGGAAGUGGUAGUAGUGGUAGUGGAUAUCCUGCGGACAUACCAUCAUCACAUUUCCGCGGUACGGGAGGGGGUCGAAAUUACCCAGGAGAUAGUUAUCAGGCUGAUUGGCGACCAAACAAGGAUUAUCGUAGAGACUACGACCGACCGCGUCAACCACCUAACGCUAAUUCUUAGUGUUCUUUUUGCCAUCAGCCUGAAAUUCGUAAUACGGUUAUUAAUGAAAUAGAGAAUUCUUUCUCUCCAUUUAUGUCUCAUAGGUAUGUCACUUUUUCGCAAUGGAUGCGCAAUUAUUCUAUUAAAAUAAAUGCGUAAUGCUUAUAAAUGUAUGCAUGUGUAAGUGCGUUUGCGUGUACAGGAUGAUUCAAAUAAAUAUUUAUUUGAUUAAAAAAAGAAAGCUAUUUCGUAAGACAAAUGCAUAUGUAAAUAAAUAUGCGCUUAAAUAUACUUGAAUAAAUUUUUAUUUGAGUUACAUUUGUUGAUUUAGUCUUUAUCUCGCUAUUCAAUGGAAAGCGAUUUUAAUAUGUAUAAGUCGAGAAUCAUCACGCGAAACAGCAGUAAAUGAUUUUUUUAAACUACUUUAAAAAAAA